AAGAUGGCGGCGGCGGCGGCGGCGGCAGCGCAGCUGAGCAAGGCUGAAACCGCCCCCCUGGAGCUCCCCGAGCCUGCAACGUAGGAGGAUGUCGCCGAGGCCCAGCUAGGGCCUGACUUCAGCCCCAUGCGGCUCACCCGCUGCCAGGCUGCCCUGGCAGCCGCCAUUACCGUCAACCUCCUGGUCCUCUUCUACGUCUCGUGGCUGCAGCAACAGCCCAGGAACGCCCGGACCCGGGGACCCCGCCGCGGAACCGCCGCCGGCCCCCACGUCACCAUCCUGGUGCGAGAGUUCGAGGCCUUUGACCACGCGGUGCCCGAGCUGGUGGACUCUUUCCUGCAGCAGGACCCAGCCCAGCCCGUGGUGGUGGCGGCCGACGCGCUGCCCUACCCGCCCCUGGCCCUGCCCCGCCUCCCCAACGUCCACCUGGCACUGCUGCAGCCCGCCCUGGACCAGCCCGCGGCGGCCUCGCGCCCGGAGACCUACGUGGCCACUGAGUACGUGGCGCUGGUGCCCGACGGAGCCAGGGCCGAGACCCCAGGCCGCCUGGAGCGCAUGGCGGAGGUGCUCCGGGCGGGAGGGGCGCGCCUGGUGGCCGCCCGGGUGGCCUCGGCCAACCCCGCGCGCUGCCUGGCCCUGAACGUCAGCCUGCGGGAGUGGACCGCGCGCUACGGCCCCGCGCCCCCCGCGCCCCGCUGCGACGCCCUGGAGGGGGACGCCGUGGUGCUCCUGCGCGCGCGCGACCUCUUCAACCUGUCGGCGCCCCUGGCCCGGCCGGUGGGCACCAGCCUCUUCCUGCAGACGGCCCUGCGCGGCUGGGCGGUGCAGCUGCUGGACGUGACCUUCCCGGCGGCGCGCCAGCCCCCGCUGACCACGGCCCACGCGCGCUGGAAGGCGGAGCGCGAGGGGCGGGCGCGGCGGGCGGCGCUGCUGCGGGCGCUGGGCAUCCGCCUGGUGAGCUGGGAGGGAGGGCGCCUCGAGUGGUUCGGUUGCAGCAAAGAGACGCCGCGCUGCUUCGGGACGGUGGUGGGCGACACGCCGUCCUACCUGUACGAGGGGCGCUGGACGCCCCCGUGCUGCCUGCGCGCGCUGCGGGAGACCGCCCGCUACGUGGUGGGCGUGCUGGAGGCGGCGGGCGUGCGCUACUGGCUGGAGGGCGGCUCGCUGCUGGGCGCGGCCCGCCACGGGGACAUCAUCCCGUGGGACUACGAUGUGGACCUGGGCAUCUACCUCGAGGACGUGGGCAACUGCGAGCAGCUGCGGGGGGCCGAGGCGGGCUCCGUGGUGGACGAGCGCGGCUUCGUGUGGGAGAAGGCCAUCGAGGGCGACUUCUUCCGCGUGCAGUACAGCGAGAGCAACCACCUGCACGUGGACCUGUGGCCCUUCUACCCCCGCAACGGGGUCAUGACCAAGGACACGUGGCUGGACCACCGGCAGGACGUGGAGUUCCCCGAGCACUUCCUGCAGCCUCUCGUGCCCCUGCCCUUCGCCGGCUUCCUGGCACAGGCGCCCAACAACUACCGCCGCUUUCUGGAGCUCAAGUUCGGCCCCGGGGUCAUCGAGAACCCCGAGUAUCCCAACCCGGCCCUCCUGAGUUUGGCGGGAAGCAGCUGAAGCCCUGACUCCCACGCCUGGGGCCAGGGGAACCGCCCUUCGUUUUGAUGUCUCCCGGCAUUUGGUGGACGGGCCAGGGAGACCGCGCUGCCCUGCAGGGCCUGGGACAUCAAAGUCGUGCCCUGGGCCCCAGAGCUGGGACAGUUUUGGAAAGAGAAAGAGUGUAGGUCCUGAGGCCAGACCGUGGUGAUUCCAACCCUGUUAAGUGGCCCUGGGCCAGUGCCCCAGUUCCCUCCAGGAUUCCCUGAGCACUCGCUGUCUCCGCACGUGACGAGCCCCUGGGACACUUGGCUGCUGGGGUUGCUUCUACCACCAGAGGGCGCCUGUGUCC